UGUGAAUAGAGAGAGUUAAACGCCUGUAGACUCAAUGAUGACCGCAGUACAGUGAAUUGAGCGCAGUGAUCAUCGAGUUACGUUUCUUUUUUAACUGGAUUGAAGAGUCAGCCUUUUGCUCAGGUGUGGGGCCUUCCAACUCUUGGGCAAACAGUCGUCAUUGCAGCAUCAGCUCCCGCCCUCUUUUGUUCUGAAGAUCUCAGGAAGUGUCUGUUCCCCCCCCCCUCCCCCCUCCCAGCUCCCCACCCCAGCCAAACUAAAAGAGCAAUGAGCAACAGCGGGGCAAGAGAGGGACCAUCCAGACAGGCCGCAGCAGCUGCCAAACAGCCUGCUCCAGCAGCUGAACCCGUGAGGAGAGGACGAGGAAGGCCCAAGAAGCAGCCUCAAGAACCUACUGGACCUCCUACACCUAAGCGACCUCGAGGAAGACCGAUAGGCAGCAAGAACAAGGAACCGCGAGCAGUCCGAAAGAAAGCAGAGCCACCUCGAGUGAAACGGCCUAGAGGGAGACCGAGAAAAUGGCCUCAACGAACACAACAGGAAGAAGAAGAAGCACCUCAGCAGGAGGCGACUGCAGAAGGACCAGAGGAGCCCUCAACUUCAGGAGGCAAAUGAGCACCUCACAGUAAAAUUCUACCUCAUUGGCUGGGCAGCCGCUGUCUAGCAAGCCAUGAAGAUUGCAACAACAGAAAAAGAAAGUUUUUAAACAUUUUUUUUUGUCUUUUUUUAAUUAUAAGUUUCCUUCUGCCUCAACUGUGCCACUGCCAUGUUGGACAGCAACCUCAAAAACCAACAUAAAGCCUUUGCCAAGUGCCAACAUUGGUGCCUUGGGAAGGAAACUAAGUGGGUUUCAUAUACUUAAGAAAAUGAAUAAGCACCAGUUUACAUCUUCUUUAAUGUGGGCACAGGGUCUUCCUUUCCUUUAAGAAAAUACAUAUUUAAAAUGGUUACCAGGACAACAUUAGUUAGCUGUGUUGACAGGUGUCAUUGGGAUAUCUAUGCCUCCAUUUUGUUUUUUGGAAUUGCAUGUGCCUUAACCAAAGGACUUGUUUGUAUCUCACUGCAAAGUGAGGCAUGUUGCCGAAGAGCUUCAACCUGCACUCAUCAGGAUAUCCGCAAGAAUGCCACUUUCUAAGGCUCUGUAAACAAAAGAAAUACGUUCAAGCCCGGAAACUUUUGAU